ACUAGCAACUUAUAUAUCAAUCAACAUGGCUGCACAAGGUAUGCCAGAUUUAUCCAAUGCCAUAGUGGCACAAGAUGAAAUGGGUCGUCCUUUCAUCAUCGUUCGUGACCAAGGUAAAAAACAAAGAAAGCACGGAAUAGAAGCCACCAAGUCCCACAUAUUGGCUGCCAGAUCUGUUGCCUCCAUUGUCAAAACCUCAUUGGGCCCUAGAGGUCUCGAUAAGAUCUUAAUCAGUCAAGACGGUGAUAUCACCAUCACCAAUGACGGUGCCACCAUCUUAACACAAAUGGAUUUGGACAACCAAAUUGCUAAAUUGUUGGUUGAAUUGUCUAGAUCCCAAGAUGACGAAAUUGGUGAUGGUACCACCGGUGUGGUUGUUUUGGCCAGCGCAUUAUUGGAUCAAGCCUUGGAAUUGAUCGAAAAGGGGAUCCAUCCAAUUAAAAUCGCUAAUGGGUUUGACGAAGCUUGUAAGAUUGCUAUUGACCAAUUGGAUAAAGUCGCCGAUGUUGUUCCUAUCGAAGACGAAAGCUACUUGUUGAAGGCCGCCAAGACUUCCCUUGGUUCCAAAAUCGUUAGCAAAUCUCACGAUCAUUUCUCACAAAUGGCUGUAGAUGCAGUUAUGGCCGUGGCUGAUCUUGAAAGAAAGGAUGUUGAUUUCGAAUUAAUCAAGAUUGAAAAGAAGGUUGGUGGAUCCAUAGAAGACUCGUUAUUGAUUAAAGGUGUGCUAUUAGACAAGGAUUUCUCCCAUCCGCAAAUGCCUAAGCAAGUUAAAGACUGUAAGAUUGCCAUUUUGACUUGUCCAUUUGAACCACCAAAGCCAAAGACCAAACAUAAGUUGGAUAUCUCCACCGUGGAAGAAUUCAAGUUAUUGCAAGAAUACGAAACGAAAAAGUUCCAAGAAAUGAUUGAUUUGGUUAAACAAUCAGAAGCAAAUGUAGUUGCUUGUCAAUGGGGGUUUGACGAUGAAGCCAAUCACUUGUUGUUGUCCAAUGGCUUAAAUGCCAUCAGAUGGAUUGGAGGUUCCGAAUUGGAAUUGUUGGCUAUCGCCACCAAUGGUCGUAUUGUUCCUCGUUUUGAAGAUUUGUCUCCAGAAAAGUUGGGUUCUGCCGGGAUUGUCAGAGAAUUGGAAUUUGGUACCACCAGAGAUCGUAUGUUGGUGAUUGAAGAUUGUUCAAAUAGUAAAGCUGUCACUUGUUUCAUUAGAGGUUCUAACGAAAUGAUUACUGCUGAAGGUGUCAGAGCAUUGCAUGACUCUCUUUGUGUUGUGCGUAACUUGAUUAGAGACAACAGAGUUGUUUACGGUGGUGGUGCGGCCGAAUUGACCUGUUCUCUUGCUGUUUCUGAAGCUGCCGAUAAGCAAAAGGGUAUAGAUCAAUAUGCGUUCAGAGCAUUUGCAUCGGCCUUGGAUACCAUUCCAAUGACUUUAGCUGAAAACUCUGGUUUGGACCCAAUCGAAACUUUAUCUCAUUUGAAAUCAAAGCAAGUGAAUGAAAACAGUUCAAGAUUGGGUGUUGAUUGUCUUGGAAAGGGUACUAAUGAUAUGAAGGAAUUGUUUGUGAUUGAUCCAUAUAUCGGUAAGAGACAGCAAUUGUUGUUGGCCACUCAAUUGACCAGAAUGAUUUUAAAGAUUAAUGAUGUUAUCAUUAGUGGAAAAGAUGAAUAUUAGAGAAAGCAGUUUGUAGAGUUACUUUAUAAAUAGGUUUUAAUAAAGGUUUUUAAAGACGU